AUGGUUUCAAGAAGCUGUAGACUCUGGUGUUUUAGAAGCCAACGCUAUGGCUCUUGCUACGAGCACUCUGUCUGGAAUUCCCAGUGUCCGGAAGUUAACCCCCAUGCUAGCUUACUUUUCUACUGGGAACCACUUAAACGCCAAGUGCGAAUAGAGGGAACUGUGUCUCGACUACCGGUCGCUGAGAGUGAAGCUUAUUUCUCUCAAAGACCUAGAGUGAGUCAGUUGUCGGCUGCGGUCAGUCCACAAAGUCGCGUGAUUCCGAGUCGAGAGUGUUUACAAAACAAAGUGGCUGAAUUGGAAGGUGUCUACGCGGCACAGCCUUCCGUUCCGAUGCCAUCGAAUUGGCCUCCAGCGCAUCAGCUGUCAUCGAAUCACUUAGAAGCCGCUUUGUCUUCUACCUCAGUUUUCUGCAACGAUGCUUUGGCCCUAAUUUCAUGA